AUGUGGAGAGUGCUGAAGAUGGUGACAGAGUGUACGAAAAGCGCGGUCAUGCUAGACGGAGAAAUGUCUAAAUUCUUCGACAUCGAGCAGGGGGUCCCACAUGGUCGCACGCUGUCCCCAACAUUGUUCCAGGUGUUCAUCAACGAUCUGUUGGAAGUCGUAGAGGCAGUCCGGAAGGGAGUAAAAGUAGGGGACACGGAAACGUCGGUUUCAGGAAUGCUGUUUGCGGAUGAUUUUGUCGGUAUGUCGGACACCCCUGAGGGACUGCAACUGCAAAUUGACGCGGCGAAGAAGUUUUCUGAUGAGUGGAGAUUGUCUGCCAACGUUCAGAAGAGUGCCGUCAUGGUAUGCAACGAGAACAAGGAGGAACCAGUAGAACAUAGAUGGAAGUGGGGGAUCGAGGAGAUUGCAGUAGUGGACCAGUACACAUACCUCGGAGUAGAGAUCGCAAAAGACUGCUCGUGGAAUGCACACAUGUCCAAGGUAGCGGAAAAGGGCAAAGCACGAGCAGGGAAGCUGCACCCAAUACUCGCAAACCGGCACCUCGAUACACGCAUCAAAUUGACGGUUUUGACAAGCUAUCGCAUGUGCGGGACGGGAGAGGAGAGGUUGCCGAGAAUUGUAUGGGAGGCGAAGUGGGCAAACAAAAAGAGGGGUAGACAACCCACGGAAUGGGUCAAGGUUGUAGCGGACGUAUGGAAGGGGCUCGACAUCGACGAAGAUGAAAUGCUCGAAACGGAGGGUCUACAGGGGUUCAAGGAGAAGAUAUCUGUUGCUUGUGCCGAGAGAGAAGAACAGAAUCUGAGGAAAGAAUCCAAGGAUAAGGAGGGUCUAGAAGUGUACGGAAUGUUGAAGGAAGGAAUAGGGUUCAAGGACUACCUACAUGGACCAAUGGAUGCAGGAACAAAGCUUAAGGUCAAAUUCAGGACCGGGGACAUAGGCCUUCGAGAACGUCGACGAAGACAUAGGACGGUAGACGAGGAAGACGACGAGUUCAAAUGUGAUUGCGGCUUCGAAUGCGAAGACCGUGUUCAUGUAGUCGCGGAAUGUCCGUUGUACAAGAAGGAGAGGGAAGUGUACGUGACUGAGCUGGGAAAAAUAGAUGGAACGUACAGGGAGAUGUUUGAGGCAUGGAAUAGAGAGGAAAGGACGGUAGCUGUAGUGGGGCAUAGGAGGUGGGUUGAACAGGCGGGAAGAGAUAUCGUUUGGAUAGACAGACC